AUGGUGCAAUUAUCACCCGAGUCAAAUAACAUGAAAAAGUGUAUUUACACCUGCGUUUAUCUAAUAUCAUUCCAAUCAAAAUCAUUGUCGAUGCAUAGACGUGGUCAUGAACGAUCAGCAAGUGCUGAGUUUAACCGUGUCGAUCGAACAGUUCGAAUUCAUAAUUCAACUGAACGUCUCCGAUCGGAGUUGCUGAAUUAUAUAACUAAUCGUUUCGAAGAAUUUUCUUCCGAAAUGAAACAAGCAGCAAAUAUGCCAUCGAUUGAUGAAAUCAUCGAACGACCAGUUAUGUCCAAUAGUGAUCUAUCAUCGAUCAAUAAAAUUGAUAAUCAACUAUCAGCUCAAACCAUCGCAUCAAAGCAAAGUGUUGAUAUCAAAAGAUCAUCAUCAGCAUUUCCAACAAAAGUAUUUCGCAUGCGUUCGUCAAUAAUGACUGAAUUACUUGAAGUGUCACAUAUAAAAUCCAUUCGACAAAUCUUUAUAUCUAUUCUUGUUCUACUUGUUUUUCAAGUAGCUUUGACGGACAUAUUCGAAAAGGGCACAGUAGACUUCUUUGUGUUUGACCUUAUUCAAUGGAAUUUUUCGAAUUUAUCACAAUGUGUACGUGUUUGGUUAUGUAUGUUUAUGGCUACCUGUGCAAUUGUUUAUUAUUGCUUUCACUUUUGGGCGCAUAAACGUCUCAGUUUCAUUCCUGUACAUUCAUUUGAUUCAACCGACACAGAAAAACUCAAGACUAACUCAACGACACUACUCAUCUUCGAUUGGAUUUGGUUUGUUGCGUAUUGCUGUUAUGUCGGAUUAUUCUUAUAUAUUCCAGUACAACAUAUACUCGCAGAAAACUAUCCCAUCGUCACGCGAAUUAUCAUUCUCGCAGAGCAGGUUCGAUUCCUUAUGAAAACUCAUGCAUUUGUACGAGAAAAUACGCCGCGUGCAAUACUCUAUGGUCAGAUUUAUUCCGAAGAAAUCAAAAUCGAAGAUUUAAGCAAAGACAAAUUCAAUGAUGCAUCGAAUGACCAGAAAGCAUUCUCUAUACCUCACACACCAUGUCCAGAAUUUUCAAAAUUUCUCUAUUUUCUAUUCGCUCCGACACUUAUUUACCGUGAUUCGUACCCACGAACAUCGUCCAUUCGAUGGACAUAUGUGAUAUCACAAUUAGCACAGUUCGCGACAACGUCACUGUUUGGCUACUAUUUAUUUUAUCGCUUUUGCUUGCCAGUUUUUCGACAUUUUAAUUCGGAACAUGUCACGCUCAAAAUAUUCGUUCUUUCAAUUCUGAAUUGCACUCUACCCGGAGCUCUAUUCUUGUUCUGUGCAUUCUAUGGUUUCCUACAUUGUUGGCUCAACGCAUUUGCUGAAAUGCUUCGUUUUGCAGAUCGACAAUUCUAUAGCGAUUGGUGGACUGCGACAUCGUGGAGUAGCUAUUAUCGAACAUGGAAUAUUGUUGUUCAUGAUUGGCUUUAUACUUAUGUUUAUCGUGAUUGCCACAAGUUACUCGGUGUAAAAUAUCGCUUGGUUUCCAUGUAUGCUGUCAUUUUCCUUAGUGCAUGUGUUCAUGAGUACAUCAUCUCGUUAGCAUUUGGUUACUUCUAUCCUAUUCUAUUUAUUCAAUUUGCCGUGCUCGGAUUUAUUUCGAUGUUGAUAUUACCACAACGCACUCAAAAUAAUGCAUUUAACGUUUUCAUAUGGGCGUCAUUAUUUGUGGGACUUGGAAUGCAAAUGUGUCUAUACUCCAUCGAAUGGUAUGCACGACUGAAUUGCCCUCGAUAUGUGAAUGGCCCAUUGGAUUAUUUCGUUCCACGCUCAUUUUUCUGUCACGAUGGUGGUGACACCAAAAUUCCGCUCACGAACAAUGUACCCAACCUUGUUCUUCAUCGUCAAAAUGAUUUAUAA